UUUGCCACAAGCGUGACGAACGCCUCGUUCGAAAUAAAACAAGGAAGUGGACGUCCAUUGCCAGUAGGAGGAAUCGAAAUAACGAGCCGACGUAUCGUUUCCUCGAAUCCCAAUCGGGAGUCGCUUUGCGCGGUUGUCGAGUGCCGGCGUGGAGGAGGAGGGGGAAGGAAGGAGAAGAAGCAGGGGGUCACCGUGGACUCAUCAUCGUCUCAGGGGAUUGUGUAGCCAGCUAGCUAACUAGCUAGCUAGCGAUGAACACGGACGUGGAAUUCCACAUCAGGCAGAAUUAUCCGUGGAGCAAGCUGCCGGCUAAUGUCAAGCAGAGUUUGGGGAACUCUCAGCGUGAGUACGAGAAACAUGUCCUGCUCUACAGCAUCCGCAACCAGCUCCGAUUCCGCAAUAACCUAGUGCGCCACGUGAGGAAGGACGAGCGCAAGUACUAUGAGGAGCUGCUCAAGUACAGCCGGGACCACCUGAUGCUCUACCCCUACCACCUGUCUGACAUCAUGGUCAAGGGGCUGCGAGUCACGCCCUUCUCCUACUACAUCGGAAUCAUGGAGGAUAUCAUGAACAGUGAGAAGAGUUACGACUCCUUGCCCAACUUCACUGCUGCUGACUGUCUGAGGCUGCUCGGAAUCGGGAGGAACCAGUACAUCGACCUGAUGAACCAGUGCCGCUCCUCUAAAAAAUUCUUCCGCAGGAAAUCGGCUCGGGAUCUUCUCCCGGCCAAACCGGUGGAGAUCUCGGUGGAGCCGUGGUGGGUAGCCCAGACGGGAUACAUCACGGAGGAUGACAUCAGGUGCUGUUCUCCAGCGGAGAAGAAAGCCAUCGAUAAGAUGAUUGACUCUGGCCCUCAGCUAGCUGGAUCAAUGGAGUACAACGUGGUCUUAAGUUUGUACAACCGGGGCUUCAUCUACGUGGAUGUUCCCAUAUCAGAUGAGAGCUGCAUCUCAGUGCCCCCGCUGGAAGGCUUUGUCAUGAACCGCGUGCAAGGAGACUAUUUUGAGACGCUGCUCUAUAAAAUCUUUGUGUCCAUCGACGAGCAGACCAACGUUGCAGAGUUGGCAAACGUGUUGGAGAUCGACCUGGACUUGGUGAAGAACGCCGUGUCCAUGUACUGCCGCCUGGGUUUUGCUGUGAAGAAAGGUCAGGUCAUCAGUUCGGAUCAGCUCCACCCGACCUGGAAGAAUGCUCCCUCCGUCAACAGGCUGAAGAGCACCAUGGACCCUCAGAAGAUGCUGCUGUCCUGGGAGCAAGGCAGUCCCGUCAUGGAGGGAGGCUCCUCUGCUACCGACACAGAUACCACCAGUCUGGAAGACCAAGCUGACACAGGCAGCGUCAGCAGCCUGAGCAUCCCGGCUGCCCCCACCAAGAGGAUCGCCUUCCUCUUUGACUCCACGCUGACGGCUUUCCUCAUGAUGGGCAACCUGUCCCCGAACCUGAAGAGCCACGCUGUGACCAUGUUUGAGGUGGGCAAGCUGUCUGACGAGACGCUGGACAGCUUUCUGGCCGAGCUGGAGAAGGUGGAAAGCACAGCAGAAGGUGAGGCUCAGCGCUACUUCGACCACGCCCUCACCCUGAAGAACACCAUCCUCUUUCUACGCUACAACAAGGAACUCACUCAGGACCAGGGACCUGACAUCCCAAAUAUAGGUUUCCCCCUGGACAUGCUGCGCUGCGAGAGCCUCCUGGGUCUGGACCAGGCCACCUGUAGCCGCGUCCUCAACAAGAAUUACAAGCUGCUGGUCUCCAUGGCGCCGCUCAGCAACGAGAUCAGACCCAUCAGCAGUUGCACACCUCAGCACAUCGGCCCCGCCAUCCCAGAGGUGAGCUCCAUCUGGUUCAAGCUCUAUCUCUACCAUGUGACCGGCCAAGGCCCACCCUCCCUGCUGCUCUCCAAGGGCUGCAGGCUUCGCAAACUGCCCGACAUUUUCCAGGCAUAUGACAGGUUGCUGAUCACCUCCUGGGGUCACGACCCAGGAGUGGUGCCGACGUCCAACGUGCUGACGAUGCUCAAUGACGCUCUGACGCACUCCGCUGUUCUCAUCCAGGGUCAUGGCGUGCACGGCCACGGAGAAACUGUUCACAUCCCCUUCCCCUUUGACCAGGAGGAGCUGAAGGGAGACUUCUCCUACUCCAACAUGUGUGUGCACAAGGCACUGCGCAAGCUGAGUGAGCAUGUGGACCUGGAGCACCAGUGCGGAUACGUUACCAUGCUGAACUCCAACAACAGACACCGACGGCGGCCCAGCGACACCAUUGAGUGCAGAGGUGACACCCACCUUGGAGGGGGUCUGGACACCAACGGCAGCACAGAGUCCUUUGAGCUGGUAACAGAAGAGAACAAUGGUGACGGAAAAGCAAAAGCAGACACUCUCUCUUGUGAAGACGAGUGGGUCCCCCUGGAGCUGUGCUUCGGCAUGCCGCUCUUCAGCUCCGAGCUCAACCGCAAAGUAUGCCGAAAGAUCGCUACCCACAAGCUGUGCAGUGGCGAGAGUCUCCAAGAGCUGCUUCACUCCAGCAGGAAGCUCUCCCUCAAAGUGUUGAGCUUUGUUCAGUCCUUCCAGGACGGCGCUCAGCCCUGCGACCUCGACAGCGGCGUGUCCAACCCCCUCAGUCAGCCCCCGGCCGAGUCGGGUGUGCCGCUGCCCGCCCUCAACCUCCUCUACGAGGACGGACAGCUGCGGGAGUGGAGUGGGCGGGCCCCUGCCCCUCUGGACAUCUCGGCGCUGCAGCGAGAGCAGAGCACGUAGACGCGUUUGCCGGUAGACACGCGACAAACACGGGAUUUCAUCUUGCAUCUUCACAGCCGCCAGCAGGAGGCGCCCUCCUUUCUGCUUCCCUGGCAUCCGAUGACGACACUUUUAGCUCCUCUUACCAGGAUCCCCUGCCAUCCCCCGCGUUUUGGAAGACACCUUUCAUUCCAUUCAUCUUCUGUGACCCCCUUCUUCUUGUAUAGGUGCCCCUCCCCCAGCCUUUAAAAAGGACCAAGUCCAGACAGCGCCACCUUGUGUCGUGUCAUGUUAGCGACCUGAUUGCAUGACGUGGUGCCAUAAAUACGUUAUUGUUUGCCCUGUGCAGGACUUCGUACUGUGGAUGACGUUAAGUUCGUUACAUUCAUUUUCUCAGCACCAAAGACUUUUUUUUUUUCUCCAUAUUUUUGUUGUUUUAUUUUUUUGCCUUAUUAACAAACAUGCAGCCAUUGUGGAAGGAGUGCUAAUAGUUGGUUCUGUGCUGCCUCCCAGCACCUCUUCUGGAUCCAUUCCAGUCCUUGACGACAUUUUGGAUAUCAAGGACUUCAAAGCAGACUGUCAUUAAACAGCAUCUUUUUUUUAUUUGAUUAGAAUUUUAGGGUUUCUUUGUUGCAUUCUGAGCUCAUUUUGGAAACAAAGAAGCCCAAACUGAGGUGUGGUUACAGCAUGACAAGUUUGUAAGUGUUGUGUGUGUGUGUGUGUGUGUGUGUGUGUGUGUGCGCACAUUGUACACCCUAUUCACGGUGUGUGCCUUCCCUUCACAAUAAGAGCCCAAACUUUGCAAUACUGUAAGUCGGGGGUGUCCAAAGUGGGGGCCGGGGGCCAUUUCCGGCCCGCAGCUCGUUUUUUAUUGGCAUAUUCUUAAAAAUCCAAUGAAACAAGACCUGUGUCAGAACAUGACCGGAGGAUUAGCGCCACAUUCAGACGGCAAAAAAUAUGCUGACAUAUAUUGGAUCGGUUUUAGCAUUUUAGAAAUAAAAGGUGAAUAUCAAAUUGUUGUUCACAUCGAAUCUUUCAGUUUUCAGCAUGCGGCCCUCUGUGGAAAAGGCUUGGACACCCCUCAUUUAAGUCAUUCCCUAAUUAUGCCGUCUAGUGUUAGUUUUCUAUAUCAGCCUCUGUUAGGUCAGUAGCUUGUUUCAAUGGUCUGUGAGUUUAAUCAUUAUUAAUGAGGAUCUUCAAUUUAAGAAAAAUGAAUGACAUUCUUCAGCGUCCUGCUUCAUGCUCAUGUUAUGAUUAUUACAAAUAAAUAUGUAUAAAAAGAUAUAAAUAAACAUGUAACAGGAACAAACCCCUUUAAAAAGAUCAUCCAGUGUUUUUGUCCUCUCUUCCCUCCUGCUCGGAAUAAGAAGCCAGCAUUACACACGAUAUUACCACACUCAGUUAAUGUUUUCCCAGCCAGGUGGAACAGAUGGCGUGCAAGAUGCGGCGCUCCGGAUGCGAGCUCCAUCUGCCUCCAGCACACACUUGUUUGCCGUGUACGCAGAAGUGCAGAGGGAAAAAAAACUUGGAAGGUACUCAUGACCUUCCUUAGGGGACAGGAGGAAUUUGGCUGGAUUGUCAUUUCCGAGGAAAUAAAACGAGAUGAAAAUUGCCAAAAGUGCGUGAAAGAGUGCAAUCUGACCCCCCGUGAACUCCCCCGGGCUGGACUUUACACAACAUUGAAUGUGGAUUAUACCCGGUUGGGAAUGGCUCCCACUAUAACCGGAUUGUCUUAAAGGAGCGCUGCAUGGCCUCGAGGUUUAAUAAUCCGCUGAGGCUGUUGAGGAAUGCUUUCACUAGAUCAAAUGAUCAUAAAUGUAAGGCUGUAUCUGAGGAUUUGUAUAUAAUA